AUGAGGUCCAACGCUUUUACCCUGCUCCUUGCCGCCGGCAUGGCCAUCGCCGCCCCGGCCUCCCCAGCCGAGGUCGCUCGGUCAGUCGACAUCCUCUCCUCGCCGGCUUCAUACACCGGCGCCGAGAUCGUCGCCCGCAUGGCCUCGGUUGCCUCCCUGAACCCCCGCGCCACCCCUGCCCAGCAGGACCCCAACGUCUGCUACUCCGAAUGCGUGCUCGACGGAGGCGGCGACUGGGAGUGCAUCUGCGACUGCGUCGACUGCGGCGGCAGAACAUCCGCUCCCAAGCAAUAA